AUUUAUUGAAUUAUAUAUAUCCCAUUUUGUUCCACAAUUUUUCCACCUUUUUAGGGAUGUCCACAUGUUAUUUGUUUUCAACCAUUCCGAUAUAUUCAGACCUGCACCGCCUACUAAAAAUCGGCAUGGACUUUCCAGACAACCCAGUAUAUAUAAUUAAGAAUCUAUCAAUAUCAUACAAAAGUACUAAGAAAGAGUAAAUGCGGAACAAUUGAUGGUCUUUGUCACAAGUCGAGUAACGAAUUAGGCGGGAAGUGAAGAGCAGUGAACAGCACUUGUCGUUCAAGUACUCCUUAGAUGUACCAUAUGACUCACGAAAAGCUCUGUUUUACAGCUUCACGAUUGUACCCCACAUCCAAUAACUUUCGAUUUGAAUCACGUACGAAAGAAUAGUUCACCAUAUUCAGAUCACGAGUAAAAUCUUUGAAUGUCGAAAAUGAAAGCAUUCUACAGCUUUCUAUGGAACAUACGCGACACCUAGAACGUGGUUGUGGAUUUACGGUAUGACCGCCAUGACAGCUGAUGCUUUUCGUAUCGCUUGACGUUUGAUCAGAACAUGUCAUUUUGCACAUUUAAUUUCGACAAAUGGCAGACUUCUUUUUCGGUUUCGAUGCAACACUUGCUAAUAGCAGUUCAGAAGAUGGACUAGAUUGUCCAUUAGAGGAGGACGAUAUUGGAGAAGAAGAGGAAUACGACGCAUUGAACGAUGAAACUUUUGGUUCUGAAGCCACUAUCGGUGAUUGGGAGAAAGACCAUGAAAAACUUGCAGAGAUUACAGAGUCCAGUCGCCCACAUAACCAAAGUACAUCGAGCAAAAAGAAUGGGGUCAGUUCAGAUAUCGAAGAUAAUUUAUCCCACCUUGUAUUGGAUGAGAAAGAAGGAAUUGUUCCCCGUCCCGGAGUGUGGGACAGUCCUACCAAUUUAUCCCUUCCUAAACCACUUUCUAGACCCUUAAGUCUAACAUCGGCAUUAACGAAUGUAAAAACAGUAGAAGAACUAGAAAAAGAUCUCAUUGGAAACAGACCUCCUCCAGGAUUGGUAAAAAAUGCUCAAUUGCAGCAACAACAAUCCAAUGAAUCCCAUCUUCUCGACUGUGUGUCAAAACCACGUUUUCCACCAGGAUGGAAUAUUCUACCUCCGCAUCCUGUUGUUUUACCGCCGAAUAUGAGAUUUCCACACCCACAAUUAGUACAGCCACCUAGAUUCAUGCCUAAUCAAACUGGAAACGUACUAAGGUAUCCAAUUCCGCCGCAUUUAUUGCUACCGCAUGUCGCUCAGAGACCGCCGAUUCAUGGUUCAUUUUGCAAUAAUUUCCCUCAACCUCCGCAUUCGACUUUAGGCCCUCAUUUAUUCAUACGACCGGAACAUGGAAUGGUACCAUCGUUUCCUAAUAGUCAGACCAGUCAUCAACAACAGCAACAGCAUUCGUUUAACCAUCUUGGAAAUCUAAGACUUCCAAAUAGACCGUUUCUUCACGGGGAUCAACAAGGAAAUCAUCAGCCAUUUUUUAAAAAUAAUCAGCAUCAUCGUAUUCACGAUCGGAAUUUCCCUCGACAAUAUCCUUAUCAUCAUCACCAAGGAAUGAAUGGAGCGAUCAAUUCCGGAGAAUCCGACGAAUAUGCUGGUUUCAUGAGUAACCGGGAGAAGCAAUUUUUAAUCAAUAUUCAAUUACUACAAUUGAACACGAACGAACCAUACGUCGAUGACUACUAUUAUAUCGUCUUCUGCGAUAGAAGAAACAAACAGAGCGCAAAUCAAGCCCAAAAAGAUAAACAAAAUUCUAAUAAUAAUAAUAACAAUGGCUAUCAUAGGGAUACGAGGUCAGCAUACAUACCGGCGCAAUUCGAAAAUUCCUUGGGAAAGUUGCAGUUUGCCAGUGUAAUAGCACCGCGUAAGGUUAUCGAUAUGGAUGUCGUACCAAACAGCGAUCCACAAUCGGUUACGCAGAUGCAGCAAAAAGAUACAAAAAGGACAAGACAGUUGCUGCUUGAAAUUGAAAGGUUAUAUGUACUACAAUUACAACUCGAAGAUUUAAACAAUCCACUGGCUCUGCUUAGCGAACAACAAAGUCAGGAAGCGGAAAGUGAAGCAACUACUAAUACAACUACUAUUGUUAAAAAGACUGGCCCAGAGUUAAUAAGUACGCUGCUGCAGUCUUUGCUUCAAUUGAUGCAAGAUGAUAAAUUAACGAGUAUGCUAAGCAUUCGAAAAGGAAAAAUGCUGUUAUUAAGGUUCUUACCAUACUUGAACGUAACGGAGCAUCAUAAUCAAUUAGAAGAAUUGUGGAAUGCGAUACUCCGAGGACUAGCUAUAAUAGGUCGCAGAGACUCUCAUUUGCUGGAGACCUUUUAUUCGGAAUUUCAACGUUGGUUUGAUACCGUACACGAGUUCGGUGCAAUACUUCGAUUAGCUCGAUCGCUAUCCGAGUCUGCUAGUCAGUCGAGUAAAAAUAACAGUUUAGCCUUUGCUCUCACGAACAAGUUUGGAGUAUCCGUAAUAGCUUCGAUGUUGGAACAGGCGGAAAACCUUACCCUUUACGAUGAUUCGUUGUCUACGGAAUGGUCAUCCUUCGUAGCAAGUAUCAUCGAAAUAAACGGUGAAACGCCGCCCCGUGUUGCACCUUAUCAACCGAUGGCUGCAAAUACGCUCAAUCAGCAUUUAAAUCGACUAUCUAAUUUAAAAAGCGAGAGCUACACGACCUUGGAGCUUCUACUAACCGAUGCCAACCCUUCCCGAUAGUCAGACGUUGUUAGAUGUUUUCCGCCGUAGUGUUUCACAAAAUUUGAUUUUUCUUACGAAGAAAAAACAAAUACCGAAUGAGAAGAAUCGCAGCUAUUUUAAUAUCGCUACAUCGUUAAUAUGAAUGAAAUAUAUUUUAGCAUGAUUGAUAUCCAUGUUUCACAGAGUAGACGUAUGCGUUUCGUCUUUAUUUUAAAUGUAGCAAUGGUAUAUCGAAUGCUUUUGAUUUAUACUCGAGACAAUAUGUUUAACUCGAUACGUCGUACAACGUCUGUUACAAAUAUUUUAAACUUCUCUCUAACUGCGAGUCUACUGUGUAAAACUGAUAUUCGAUAUUAUUCAUCAUGUAAACUACACAUCCUAUCUUCCGACGAUUUUCGUUCGUAACUUUGCCUUUUUUUUGUCUUUUUUUUUUUUUUGUAAAAUAUAUUUGUAGUUGCGUUCGCAUGAUAUUAAGAUGUAAGUUUAGUAUUAUCGUUAAAAAUGUAAACGAUUUAUAGUCGUGCGCGAUCGAAUUACUCCGCACAUCAGUGUCGUAUCCUGCGAUCUCGAAGGUAUAUAGUAAAGAAUUUUUCGAACAUGGUUCGAACGUUACGUCAUUAGUAUUAAACAUUAGUCGCAGCUACAUCUUUAUACGGAGUAGACGUGAAAGUGAAUGUCACCGCUGUAUACGCUUCUCGUACGUUUGCCAUUUUUCUUCAUCUUUGUAUUAAACAUUCGAGUACGAGCGAGUCUCCUCGUGUUUCUUGUGAAAUUUAACCAUCGCGUGUUCUCUUUAAAAAAUUGAAUUAUUUUAUGCAUGAUCUCGUGAAAAGUUAGACAACAUAGGAUGUGUAGGCUUUUAACCUCAUUUAACAUUUUUGAAAAUAAUGAUACGCCAUUGUAAACAAUUAUGCAAAGAUCGAUCUUUUUCUUAAGGAUAUGAAUUGCAUUAGAUGUUACUCGUGCAUUCAUUUGCAUUAUUUUUUGUCGAGCGAACCGAAGGCCCAGGAAACAUAGUAACAGUAAUUGUAUAGGUUUCUACGCCAAGAAUAAAAAAUAUUGCAACGUUUUUAUAUAACGAUUAAUGUAUUAAAUAGUGAAAAAUUGUAUCAAUCAAUGUAAUUAACAUCAGCAUCAGAGAUACGCGACUAUAACGAGUUCGUCUUACCUAUCGUCUGAUCGUUAAAUUAGAGACUAUUUCGUGAGCGUUUGUAAUACACUAUCAAUGUUGGGUAAACUAUUUGCGUACCUACUUCGUGAUCAUAAUAUAGGAAAAGACCGUAAAAGAUUUUUGCAAGAAAUAGCGAGAGCGUGGACAGCGAUUUAAAAUAUACGACGACAUGGCCUUUAGUAUACAGUGUAAGUGGUUACUUUUUAUCGCAGUACAUAUUAAUAAAAUCUUAUGUACAUUUAGCUUGUACAUAGAGCGACUUUGGUGAAUGAAUGACUUCAUAUAUUUUGUAAUUGGAUGCGAAAGAAAAUUUAUUUUUCGCUUCCGCGAUAUAGCACUACGUCAUUUUUGCAAUAAAAAGAGAACAGGAAAGAUUAUAAAAGUGAUAUAAAAAAGAAAGAUCGAUCGCGUUAUUUUUCAAUCUCUGUAGUGAUUGUAAAAAAAAAAAAAGAAUCGAUGAAUCGACACUUUCAAAUUGCAUAGUGUAUAUCGAACAUCAGUGAAACCGUGCAGUGCGUUACGUCGCGAUCCAACACUUGUACUUUUCAAUUAUAACGUAAGAAACUAGCUUUAAGUUUUAGAAAUCUAUUUUUCUCUCUUUUGAAAUGUAUGUUCAACCGUAUCUAAUCGAAUCGUCUUUUAAGUUUUUACGAACAAUUGCGUUUUUGUUAGUUGUACCAACAAACAUUUUUUCUUCUUCGACUUCGCUUUCGAAAUUCGGUGUCGUGUAUAACCGUAAAUGUUAAUCGUAUAUAAUUUUUUAAACUGAAUUCAGUUGGUAUUUCACAAGAGACUAAUUGUAUCUACCAAUUUGUAAAAUAACGAUCGAACGAUAACCGAGCUGGAGUAAGCACGUUUCAAUUCCUUACUCUUGGAUGAAAGAUAUUUGUUGAGGCUGUACAAAUUUUUUAAUCUUUGAAAGUAAACUGUAUCAUAAAGUAUAAA